AUGCCAACAUCUGCUGUUAAAGCUUCCAUUAUGAAAAAUGUUUGGCAUCGAUUGAUAGGAGUUCGAGGCGGACCCGCCUCCAUGUUCUUUCAAGAUCAGAUUUAUCCUUCAACGAAUGAUGCUUCCAAUUUCGGAAAGGUCUUUCCACAAGGAGAAGGUGCAUCGGAAGAGAUUGCACGGCACAGGCUUGUGUUUCUGGGAGAGAUCCAUUCCAUGCCUCCUAUCAUUGCCUUUCAGCGUCAAAUUCAGCAGGAGAUGAAUAAUAGUGCGUCGAAAUUACAUGUCAUUAUGGAACACUUUAGCUUUGAAAUGCAACCUCUUCUGGAUCGGUAUACCAAUGGAAGCAUAUCCUUUGAAGAAUUGAAUCAAGAGUAUCGUGAGCAUGGAAACGAAGGACAUUUGUUGGAACCAUACAAGCACUUGUUGGAAGACGCAAGAUCAAAUGGUGUCCAACUUCACGCCGGCUUCAUACCUCGGCCAUUUGCCAAGAAAUUCAUUCAGGAAGAUCCUGAGAAAGUCUUGGAGGAAGCAUCUCAAUGGUUAAAGUCACCAAUCGUGGGUUUGGAAGGAUCAGAGACCCAUUAUAAUGUCUUUGAAAGUUUGAUCAGUGGGCGAUUUCUAUACAGCAAAACUGAUGAUCUCGCUCCCACCGAUCAAUUCCGUCGGAUAUUCAAGGCACAGCUCCUUAAGGAUGUCGCAAUGGCCAACAAGGUCAAUCACCUGAUAGAAGAUGCAUCUACUACAUCCGUAGAUGGUAAACAUGAUGAAAAGUUUCUAGUUAUUGCUGGGAAUGGUCACUUUUUGCACUAUUGUGGAGUUCCUGAACGAGUCUUGGACCAAAAUCCAGAGCUUGUCGACGAUAGUUGCCUUGUCAUCAGUGCGAGCACCUACGAUCCGUUGGAAGAUGAGAAUGAACUGCAAAAGGAAUUAAAAGCGCGAUAUGGAGAUAGUGGAUCGAAUCCGGCAGACUACAUAUAUUUCUACCACAUGCCCGAAGAAGAAGAUGAAAUUGCCAUCAAGGAGGAAACGAGAAAAGCAUACGACAAAGUUGGAGAAUCCGCUGCAUUACCAGGAAAUUCACUCAAGGCAGCAUGGAUCAUGUACAGCAUGGGUUAUUCGAAGGAUCAAUUCGAGGCGGCUGGUUCGGAUGUCUACAAUUUCCAAGGGGUCGGAAAUCCACACAUUCAUGCCAACAUUCGGCCUGGUGAAAAAGUGUUGGACGUUGGUUCUGGUUUGGGGAUUGAUUCUUUCAUUGCUACCCGUGCCACUGGUCCAGAAGGUGAAGUGAUUGGUAUUGAUAUCAGUGCGAAAGAAGUAUCCCACGCUCAGAAACGAGCCGAAGCUAGCGGACUGACCAAGACGAGCUUCCAAGUGGCCGAUAUGGAAAAGAUACCGUUACCAGAUGAGUCCAUUGACGUCAUUAUAUCGAACGGAGCCUUCUGCCUUGCUCCCAAUAAGAAAAAGGCAUUCGCAGAGCUUUUCCGUGUGCUCAAGCCUGGAGGAAGAAUAUCGGUGUGCACGACUACAACGAAAAUGGACAAUUUGGAAGAAGGAGUCAACUGGCCACUGUGCAUGCGAAUGUUUGUUGCACAGAAAGAAUUGCAGCCAAUGUGUGAGGAGGUUGGAUUUGACAAUAUCAUUAUCGAUGACACCGAUAGUGCCAUGACUAUGGAAAUGCCGGAAGAGAUACUCCAGAGUUCCAACCCAGAACGAAACCGAGUGCAUGUCGGUGGUGACGAUUUCAAGCAUCUGGAGAAUUUCGAUAUGGAUGAAAUCUGUGCCCGAGUAUGUGUAUCCGCAUACAAGCCUCUACUGAAUGCCAAAUCGCCAUCGGAUCUAUUCCCCAGAAGCCGAUAG